CACUGUUGAUGAUCAUGUGUGAACUUUAAAAGUUUACUACAUUCUAGAGAGCAAUAUGUCAAGUGUACUCUUGAAAUUUUUGAUAUUCUUGAAUUUCCAGUUUUCUUGGAAAGUUUUGAAAAGUUAUGCAAGCAAAUCGGGGAUCAGAAUGAGCUAGAAAUGCAAUUUAAGUGACUUUCAAUGUAGCAUGGCUAGUGAAAACUUUAGGCUUUGUAGUAAACGGUCUAAAAAGGAGGAAAUAUGCAGUGAGAGUCAGUUCUUCUUGUUGGUGUUGUAUGCAGAGGCAUCUCUGAAGCCACAAUGCAGAUGGGGAGAUGUGAUGGCCCACUAUGCCCUGCUUUCCUUCUCAUCUGCAGGUACCGAUGAUACUGGCAACACCUGGGCCCAGUGUGUCAGAGCAAGAUAUAUGUUUUUUAAAUGGGGGAAAAGGAAAGAGGAAAAAAGGAAAUCUAGUUUUAAAUGCUACUCGGCUACAUGAGCCAAGAGCUUCCUCAGCAGAUCUGUGCUCUCUUCUCAGUUGUAUGUCAUCUGCUAUUAUUGGAUUGGGUUUAAGCAGCGCAAGCGUGCUAGCAAGACAAACCAUUAAGUGCUUUAAUGCACCGCAAGUAGAAUUUAUAAAUGGUUUCUGCAUCUCACUGUGAGCCACAGAAGUGAUUUGCUGGAGGGAUAACCUGGGUUUGACUUUUGCCGAGGCCUCUUGUUUUUGUUCUUUAACAAAACAGUCGAGGAAAAAGAGAGAAAAGAAAAAAGAAAAAGAAAUUGGUGUGUGUUUCCAGAAUGAUAUUCAUACAUGAGGCUUCUUUGUAUUUUCAAGUCUUUAAAGUGAGCAGUGGAUAUUCAUUUCAGCUCAUUGUUGACUGAAAGUUUGGACGCUCAAAAGCCCAAAGGGGUGAACAAGUAGGUGGACAAGAAACUCUAACAGGCUCUGUGAUCCAUAUCACCCAAGAGCCAAGAAACUAAACAAACAAAUAAAUGAAAUGACCAGAAAAGUAAUUUCUUACAUUUUUUGUUUGAGUGUAAACACGAUUCAUCCAAAUAUCAGUGCAGAACUUCACAAACAAAUGUAACAAAUGGGCUUGUUUAGCAAAUGAAAGAAGAAAAAAGUGCAGAGAGGUUAAACUGACCUGUAUUUGAAAGAAGCCACCAACUAAGAAUUAUUUUGUUAAACAAAAACAGGAUGAAACUAAUUGGCAUCGAAGUGAUUGGGAAUGUUUAGCAAGAUAAUAUGCAUAUUGAGGAUUCAAAUGGAGGCUGUAGCAACUUUGGCUGCCUCACUUCAAAUCUAAUAUUUGACGCUUUAAAGCAUUUUGAGAAUCAGUUCUUAUAUAGCAGUUUUUUACUCAACCUAAACGCCUCAUUUACCUGAACACUUUUUUCUAUGCUCAAGUGCUUUCUAACAUUCCUGCAGUUAGUAUCUUGCCCAAGGAUAUUUGGCAUGCAGACUGAAGCAACCAGGGAUCAAACCACCAACCUUCCAAUUAGAAGACUACCUGCUCUGCCUCUUGAUGCACAGCCACCCCCAGUGAGGCUGGUGUCCUCUAUCCAUGCUGCCAUGGCAACCACAGCAGGAGCUGUUGUCGUGUCAUCGUGCUGCGGCAACGUCAUUAAUGACAGGCACUGGCUGGCCACCUACUUUGUCAUCUGGUAUGGUGUCCCCUACAUGACGUACGACAUCUUUGCCAUGUACCUCAGUCACUACUACCGCUUCCACAUCAAAGGGCAUGAGGACUACAAGCGGCAUUCACUGAGGACCAUAAACUCCUUUGUCCGUAAGGAGUUCCUGCUGGUCCUGCAUCACAUCGCUCUGCUCACCAUCCUGCUGCCUGUCACACUGUUCUUCAGAAAGGACCAGGGGGAUUUCUUCAUCGGCUGCUUGUUUCUAACAGAGCUCAGCACGCCCUUCGUGUCCCUGGGGAAGAUACUUAUUCAGCUCAGCCUCCAGGACUCCUGGCUGCACAAGCUCAAUGGCGGGAUGGUCCUCUUCACCUUCUUCAUGUGCCGCAUCGCCCUCUUCCCGUUCAUGUACUGGAUGUACGGCCGUCACUACAGCAUCCCUCUCUACAGCGUGCCCUUCCACCUGCCGUUGUCUGCCAACCUGGGCAACUCGUGCAUCUUGGCGCCGCAGGUCUACUGGUUCGUCCUGCUGUGCCGAAAGGGCUACCGUCUUUACCAGCGCAGCCGCAGCCCGGCCUCGUCUCCCACGGCCGACACCGCCGCCGUCACUGACAGUUCAAAAGAUGAUUGAUACGCGGACCACGACCGCUUGCUCUAGCCACACACUCAGCUACUAACGCUCAGCCCAACCAUCGUACUGUAGUACACCAGGACUGCCUGCUCUCGUUCCACAACUCCCGGGCAUUUUCCGCACACUUCAACCAACUCCUCUGCCUACGUGGACCUCUCCACCUCCAAUCUAACUCUACUACUGAAGUUUAGUGAUUUUAAUUUUUUUGGGAUGUGACUCUGGCCUGGAUCUCGCUGAAGUGCUUCACUGUGUCUGAAUACAUUUACAGCACUGAAAAAAGAAGUAGAAAAAAAAAAAAGAUCAUGUUUGCUGCACUGCAAGUGAAAUGUGGAGCAAACGUACCAGAAACUAAAGAGGAGAUACGAUCCUUACUCCUACUGUUUACAGCUGCUGAUUGGAAAGUCCUGUUACAGUGUAUGUUUGUGGGUGUUAUGGCUGGUUUUCAUUUAAGAGUAACAUGUCAGAUAGUUGGAUUUCUUUUCAGAUCAUUUUAUUUGUCACGCUGGUGACAAGGAUUGGGGCCUGUGGUGGGCGGCAUGGAAGUUCAGGCAGUAUUAGCAGAGAUAGGAAAUGAGGAAUACGCGUCACCAAGCAGUUACAUCGUUACCUGGUUAAUGUGAUAGUCUCUGACUUUUCACCAGUUUCUCAUAGUGCACGCAAUUACCUACACUCUUAUUUUCAUCAGUGUUUCCACCCUUCAUUUUCAGGUUUAUAGUUUUCCAUUAUCUGUAGGGAACUAUUUUUGACACCAUGAUUGAUUAAGAAAUGGCCUCUCUCACACAGGGUUUUUUUUUUUUUUUUAAAGAAAACAGUAAUAUUGUAAUGUCUUGCCCUGAAAUAAUUUUUUCUUAGGUGUGAAGUUCAGCUCCUAGGCAGAUAAAAUUUAAAAAAAAUCAUACCUGGUUUAAAUUUGGUCGAGGUCAUCUUCUCAUGGAGUUUUUCCUAAAUUUAAAUUCUGGAUACUUCUACUUGUUCCUCCUCGAUGUGUGGUGGGUCUCCUGCAGUGGAUCCAAACUGUAACUGCUUAACUUUUGUUUUGUAUUCUCAGUUAAAAUGGGGAGCAUCGACCACAUAAGUGACGCCAGCACUAAAGUACCACACCGUCUUUAAUUGGCCACCAGGAGACGACUUUUCUGGGUGCAGAAAGACUUGGAGGGAGGGAUUAGCCCUCACCUCACUUUCUCUUCGACCGCAAUGCUUUCCUGACGACUUUAUGGGCUCAAGCGCUAGUUUCAGGGUCAAAUUUUAUAGUCAAUCUAAGGGCCUGAAAGAAGGAUUAUCCAGGAUGUGAUCACUUGCUCUCUCGUCACAUCUGGUUUUAAAAUACCAAGAUUGCGACAGCAGGAGCUCUCAGCUUGUAGCUUGAUAAUUUUGUGACGCGAGGGUUGGCUGUGUGGGGGGUGAAAAGGGGUAGACGGGAGAGGAAGUAAAACAGGAAAUAACCAAAUGAGAGGUAAACAAGAACUUCAAAAAAAAUGGGUUCAAACUAAGGAUCCUUUUGGGACAUUUUUCCCUUGUUGCUACACAUCCUGCUCUUCUCACCAGUUAUGAUUCUUGACACAAAAGUUGGAUCAAUUCAAAAGAAAACCUGACGUUUGUUCACCUUGAGGUUGACGGUAAGGUGUGAGUGGACAGGAAAGGAUUUCAAGUGAGUGAUUUAAAAAAAAAAAAUAGAAACAAGCCCCAACCGAGGUGAACAUUAAGAUUAGACCAGUGAACUUUAUGCCAGGUAUGGUUUCUUUGGGGGGUGGGGGCUUCUGUUCAAUGCUUCUGUUUUUUGCCUCUAAACGUCACUCAGUCCAGUCUGAUGGCGUGAUGUGGAAGGUACCAUGAGGCCCGGUGAAGGUCAAGCGGCUCCCAGCUGAACUCAGGGGCAAGGUCAGAGUGAUAAAUGGAGGGGUGUGGCUCAUCGGGCCAAACAAACCACAAAUAAUCAAACAAAUACUUCAGAUUAUUUAUAUGCACUUGUGUAUCAGGGGUUGCACUCAUCACAUAGGGGUUUUUAGAGUUACAUUAACUAUCACUUAAAUUAAAUAUAUAUCUUGACUAGAAUAGAGGAUCAUUUUAUUGUGCAAAAUUCCAGUUAUUAUGAAAGAAAUGAAACUUCUUACGAAUUAAUCAAAUCAGAAAACAAAGAAUUCUGCGUAUUAUGCAUUAAAUGUCCUUUUUUUGUUUCCUGUAAAUUCAGUCUAUGCAAAACAAAUGUUGGUGCAUGUAUAACUGAACUAACAUCAGGUCAUAUCAAGCUCAUCCAUCCCUCAUAUGAUGUGCUCUUUGCACAGUUUUCUAGGAAUCUGUGUUUAUCUCUGCUCUACAUUUCAGUCUUAUUACUGAGUCUUAGUUUUAAUUUUUUUAUUUAUUUAUAAUUGCGUAACGAUUAAAAAUAACUUCAUAUUCAUUGUUAGUUUGUUUUAGUGCACAUGGACACAUUAGAGCUGAAUCAAAACUCACUAAAAAUCCAUUUAAAUGGAACGUGGCGCAGCUUACAGCUAACAGGCAUGAAGCAAACCGCCUUAUGUUAAUCCAGCGUUUUUGUGUCUUUGCUUUAAAAUCGAAAUUGUCUCCCUCUUUUUGGCAGCUUCCGCCAAGCUGUUGUAUAAAUGAUAAAACAUAAUGUAACAGUAGUACAAGUUGGAGCACAGAAAGCUUCUGAACUCUUUUGCCCAGAUUAUUGAUGGGAUCAAAGUGACUGCUCGUGUUAGAAACACAUUCUGCAUGACAGCUCAAAUAUUUUCCCUCUGUGAGUCUGAUCAUCACAACUUGUUGUGAAGGGGGGAGUUAAAGAAGAAGCCUGUUAGCUGAGCAGCAGUUUGGGUAAGAGGAGGCGAGCCGGGCAGUUGAAUGAUGGGCUUGUUUGUCGAGGUUGGCUGGAGUGCGUCAGGGUGCUUUUGUUACUGCAAACAUUCCUCGCUCUUUGUGUUGCUUUUCUGCAUCUUUCAGCUGAAUUUCUCCCACUUUCUCUUUUGAUGAUUCUAAUAGUAUUAAAGGAAUUACGAUAUCAGUUUAUCAGCUGUUUUUUUUUUUUUUUUUACAUACAUGUAGAGGGUUUAAACAUUCUCCAAAUCCCAAAAAAAUCAGAUCCAUCCCCAGUUAAGGCAGUGAGUCUGGGCUACCUUAACUCUAUGCAAGUAAAACCGCGCUUCUCAGCAUGUAUUUACACACAAGGUGUUUAUAUUCAUGCUAAAGACAGAACUACAGUUCAGAAUUGUGGAUGUUUUUAUCCCAGAUUCAGGUUUCAGAACUUUACAACUCUCACGCACAAAAAAAUGGAGUGCAUCUAGUCUCUUACACUGCAAGGAGGUGUUAAUAAUAGGACGUUGUUGUUUCUGCACCCUACGCUGAAGAAGACGCGUCUCAGUGGACUAUCUUCUUCCCCACUUAAAUGUCCUCAGUGUCUGGUCUGCUUCUGGGAUGACCUCUGAGAUUGAGAUUAAUAAACUGGGCUUGAGUCUAACAGCUGGUUUAAAGUCUCCACUUUCACUGCAGUUAUAAUCAAUAAGUUCCACUCUACUUAAAGUUACUGUCCCACUGUUUCUGCUCCUUUCAUUUAUUUUAACUCAGCCCCAUCUCUUGGUUUGCUGUGAAGCUAGCGGAGCAGAAUGAGCCCUCACCUCUUCUCUGCCGCCCUCUGCUGUCAGGCCCAUCCAUUGCUUGUCCACUCUGAAGGCUGUGCAGUUGAGAUUAAAUAUCUCAAGUUUUCAGCCAGCGUGACCUCACCCUCCGAAAUGUAGCGGAAAAAACUGACAGGUACAUUUGUUUUCUUGUGUUUGGAGGAGGGGACAGAACAGAAAGAAUUUUGCUGUGGGAAAGUGUGUGCUUUUUCUGUUUGUUUGGGGGUUUUGUGUGAUACCCUAAAGUUGAGCCUGUCUUCAUAGCUUGCAUAAAUGCCAUCUUGUUGACUUUUUCCUAAGAGGACUUUUAGAAGAUUGUUCUGAAGCUUUUUUUUUUUUGCUUUUUUUUUGGCCUGGAUUUGGCCUCUCUGCUAACAGGAUGUUGAAGUUUAGUGGCUUCACUAAUAAAAUUCAGUCUUAGUUUUGAAAGCGUGGGAAAGAUGUUUUAAAAUGUUAAAAAAUUAAAAUAUAUAAACAUUCCAGUAUCCUUAUAUAAAACUGACCCCAAUUUCAAAACCUCAAAUCCUUUAACCGUUUUUCAUCCCCUAUUGGCUCAUUUAUUUUUGUUUUUUCAUAGCCAGGCGACAACAAGCCACAUUACUUUCAUUGCUUGAGAGCAUCACUGCCACAUGAAGUCAUGAGUAGUUUAAAUGCAUAUCUUUCUACAUCUAUCACUAAGUACGCUCUGAUUAUAGAAGACCAUGAAUUCAUCCUCUUUGCUCAGGGUUUGAUGAACUUGUUAGGAAACCGUGUGUGUAAUGUCGAGGUUUACUGUAAGAUGACGAAGCUAUGAGACUGAUUCUGAAGAGGAUCACAGUGUGCUGUUUAUUUCUAUGUGAUAUUUUUCAAAGCAUCAGUUUUCCUUUCAGAUUUUUCUCAUAUUUAUGCCUCCUGACAUGGCUUGUGAUAGUUCAGCUUCUAAGGGUUGGUAAACCAAAGACUGAUUGCAGUAACUAUAGUCAGAUUCUUUUCAGUCUUGUCUUAAUGGCUUAAAGUUACCCACAUGUCACCCCAACUAAAAACCUAACUAACCUCCCAUUUUGUCGUCCUCUCUAUAAGCUCACCAACACUGGGAUGUACUGGAGGAAAGCCUCUGUGUUCACACAAAGUGGACAGAAGUUUGGGAUCAGUUUGUUAAUUAAGGGAAAAGCUAAUUUUUAGCUCCAUAGUUUUAUUCAUGGGCUCCACCAUAGUAGCUUUGCAUGAUUCACGGUUCAAAAUCAUCCUUGUUCUGUAACAUUCAAGGGUAAAUAAAAAAAUAAAUAAAAAAUGUCUGAACGACAUUUAACAUGAGCACCAUUGUUAUGACAGAAAAUCAGGAAAAGCACAAUUGACCCCCAUUAGUCAUAAAUUAUUAAUUAUGUUUAAUAGAUGCCUCCCACCAGGUGCAAUCUGCUUGAAAUCAAAGUGGUUAUCCCCGAGUUUAGGGUAUUGCAUGCCUAACCUCUGGGCAAAAUUCAGUGCAAUCACCAGGCAUUGCUUUAAUAAUUCUACUUCAGUGUAACUGCAAGGUUUUUAUCAUUUUAAUCUCCUUGAUGAUUACAUAAGCAAGACGUUUCUGUUCAUCAAACUAGACACUGAUGUACUUGUCCUCUUGCUUUCCCACAACUUUUUCCACUGUUUCUGUUCUGUUCAAGGCAGCUGUUUUCAGCUUUUCUGUUUUAUACAAACUGUGAAUCAAUUGACUCUUGAGGUGUUUCAGAAGAAAGCUAUUUCUCUUUGGCUGUUUUGCGACUGCAGCCUAAAGAUUCUCAACAAAGGUACUUUGUUUCAAAGACAAAAGCAUUUUGAAGUGACCCUAGACCUUUUGGGAGCAAUGUGCUUUAUCUUUUUAGCACAGUGGCUGAAAAGUCAUUGCUAAUGUUAUGUUUGGACGCAUUAAUACGAAAAUCAUAUUAACUUCUUAUAUGUAAGGUUGUAUUUUAACCUUGGAACACCUGUUCUAUGGUUAAACUGGGAAUAUGGUCAUUUAAUCCACCUUUGAACAACACUGGAUCCAUUGGACCAGGCUAAUGCUAGCAUAGGCUAACGCUCGUCUAAGCUAGUGGUAGCAUAGGCUAAUACCAGUAUAGUGCGUUCUAUUGUCUUGGAAGUCUGAGCUGGGAGUGAUGUCAUUUCCAGUAGUAAAGUCAUAACAGCAAGAAAAAAAAGGAUUUGUGUUGCUCCUUGGUAAGGUAGAAUCAUGCUUCAAUAGCAAUACAGGGAAAUGUACCACUGCUGUACUUGCAUGCAUACAGUUUGAGCAGUGCUCUGCAUAUGAUUUAUUUAGUGGCAGUGCACAUUAAAAGUUUCAUAGUUUUAUCACUUUUUACAUUCCCCUGGAUAAAGUCAGCCCUGUUGGGGCUGCUCAGACUUUUCAAGUUGAUAAUGUGAUGUCAGGGUGCUGUGGCCAGCUGAAAAUUCUGACUUCUAAUUUUAAAGUACAAUGGAAUGCACUAAGCUGGUGGCAGCAGAUGGUAAGCAUGAUUUCAAGCUAAUAUACACAAACACUGCUAUAAAAUAAUGCUAGCAUAAGCCGUUGUAUGCUAGGGGUAGCAUAGCUUAACACUAGCAUAGGCUAAUGCUUUUUUAAAGUAAUGCUAGCAUAAACCACUAUAAGCUAGUAAUAGCAUAGGCAAAUACUGGCUUAGGCUAAUGUUCUUAUGCUAGCAUAAGCCAGUGUUGAUAAAAGCUAACAAAGUCCUACAUAAUGCUGAGUAAUAGCUGCCUUUUUCUUUUUUUUUUUAAAUGUUGUUGUUAGAGACAGAAUACUCCAUGUUAAUCAUUUAACAUACACAACAGUGCUAUAAUAUUGAGUGGCUGUAGACUGUGAGUGAUUGAAGCUUCAAGUUAGCCCUUAAAUGUCUUUUCGCAAACUGUUAAGUUUCCAUGCUAAUAAUUUAGCUUUGGCUACUAAUUUGUUAUUUAAAGAGAGAAUUUAGCGGCCAAUUUCUAUGUUACUGUCAUGUUUAUGUUAUUUAAAGGUCAAAGUUGUGGAUUCUUGAAAUACAAAUGAGGACAGUGGGGUCUCUUCAGGUCUUGUGACAGAGGAUGUGGUAGUUUGCUGCUUUCUUUAGUCUCACAUAUCCAUAUAUCAGGUUUAAACCUUCUGUUUCUGACUGGAGCUGGAGGAGGUUUAAAAUAAACUGUUGGUUUAAAAGCUACGAUGGGUUUUUAAAUUCUAACCAAAUAUUCUCGUCAAUUUAGAUGAAGAUUAUGUGUGCUGGAUUUGGGAGUAAAUUUAACAUUAGAAAACAAUAUUUUGCUGUUUCUUCUGAUGAGAUGUCAAUAAAAUAUAUUUAACCAUAAAGAUACUGAACGGGUUAGAAUAUUGAGCACUGCAAAAAGGAAAACUGUGUUGCUGGUACUGAUUUUGAUCUGUGGACAGUGAACCAAACCUGGUCUCCAGUGCCUUGUGAAAAAUCUAUUUGUGACACCCAUAAAAACUCAGUUAAAAAAAGAGCUAAGAUGGCAGGCAGUGUUUACAGGUUGUGGCUGUAUUUGUCAUGUUUGUUGUUGUCAUCCUCAAAGAGAAAUUAUAUUUCAGGUUUUUUUUUGGUCUUCACAGCAAUCAUUAAGACAUAUCUAAUAGAAGCAAGAUUUCAGAAGGUAUAAAGUUGGCCUGUGAUGCUUGUCUGUAUUUCUAUUCUUAUGUUUUUCUCAAGUUACUUUGCAUGAUUCAGGGUUCAAAAUAAUUAGUAUAUGCUGUAUACUUGGCUCUUGAGCAGUGAUACUUCCUGCCCCUUAAAAUGAAUUUUUCCCCUCCCACAAGUGGGUGGGGCUUCUUUACUUACCAUAUUAGGGAUGUCCACCAAUGAGAUCAUACACAGCCAGGUGUGGAAAAAAAACAUUUUAAAACCAAAUGUUUAAAGCAAAACUGAUCCUGUUAUACAUAAUUAUUCAAACUUUGAUCAUGUUAAGAGCAAAGAAAAUAGAUGACAGAAAAUAUGGAAGAGCAUACUUUAAACAAUCUGAAACAAACCACCACACGUAUAUAGACAUGUCUUCAGUACACUUUAUUUGAUCCUGCUGAAAUUAUGGCAUUUAUGUAAUAAAUAUUCUAAUAUUUUGCAUUUUAUAGUAUUUCAUUAGUACUUGAACCAUUCAAAUGUCUCUCAUAGGCUUAAGUUUGUUUGCAGUGUUUUCAUCGAUUUAGCGAGAUGUGUCUGUUUUAGAAGUUUGGAUUGAAAUCUUUCUGUCCAUAUCACUGGCCCUUCCUGAUUGACUUAAAUGCAGCACUUUCACAACCUUUAACACUUCCUGCCCUGCAUUAUUUUUGAUAACAUUCUAAUUUUUCAUACAUGUAUAUCAGGAUUGAUGUAUCUGUCCUUUCUUUUUUGUAGUGUGACCGUUUGGUUUUUUUUGGGGGGGGGGACAUUUCCUAUCUGAAAAUGAGACUGGAGUGUUUUAUGAGAUAAUAUGAGGAGUCAUGUAUUGUUGCAGCUUGUGAAUUCAGAGCACCCCUUUAAAAUUCAAUAAAUUUGAUUUGGUAGACUGUUUUGAA